CUACACCGCUCCCACUUGCCACCUCAUACCGGAUAUCUAUUCGCUUAAAAAAAAAGUGAAAUAGAUUGGAUUUUAAGCAAAAAUUGCUUAACUUAAUUGAAAUUUAAAAUAUAGAAAAUGGCCGAAGACACACCAAUCUUUGGAUUCUUCUCCCGUCAGGUGAAAACCGAGCAGCUUGUGCCGGAAAUUAAAGAAGAAGUGAAGGCCCAGAAGCACACCGAGCAACCGCUCACCGUCAUACGCCCGCUCUACACAAUCCCCCGCCCGAUGUCGCCGGUUCCGGAGCUCAAAACCAAGGUUAAGCUGAGCUUGAAGGCUUUCAAUAGAUGUAAAAAGCAGGAUUUCGAUGCUCUUUCGAGCAGUGACAAGCUGAAAGUCCGGAAGCUCAUCUUCCACAUGAUGGAAAAGAGGCGAUAUAUGUGGAAGGGAAUCAUUGACCGCGGGAAGAAAAAGAACUGGACCAUUUUUGGAGCCGAGCUUCAGCAGAGGAGUGGACUGGCUUUUAGUGUGAACGAGAUCAUCAAAAUCUGGACUCGAGGCCAAGCGGAGCUCCGUCGCCGGCUCAAAGUUUGCAUCCGGAACGAUCGCCUGAACAAGUCGGCCACCGAACUGAAGCUUCACGAAUGGGAGCUCUACCCACGGAUUCGGUACUAUCGGGCUGAGCUCGAGGAGUAUGAGCAGACGCUGAGAAGGAGAACAGAUGAAGCUGGGGAUGGCAUUCAGUACGACGGAACGUUCCCGGUUGUCGUGACGUUGGAGGAUUCGGAUGAGGAGAAGGAUGAAGAAGUUGAUAGUGGGAUUGUUAUGGAUGAUAUGGAUGAGACUAUGGAUGAACCAAUGGAAGUCGACGAAAGUCACGACGUCCAGGAUCUCCCUCAACUCCAAAAAGAUCCUUCCCCAGUUCCAACUGCACCUGAUGUCACGUCCGAGUCGCCAGCAACACCUCAACCUUCUCCACCAGCCGUCACACCUCCUCCUCCACGACUUUUGCCGGCCGCCACGACCGAGUCACACCAGACAGAGCCAGUCUUGCCACGUGUUGGAGCCCUACUAAUCCUUGUACCAGAAACUGCUAGGCAGGGGUCAGUAAGCUCGGGGACAUCGGAGAGCUCAAAUGGAUCGGUGUAUGGAAAUCAGAGUUUGAGCCCACAGCGAAACGGCAAGAAAUAUCACCCAAGCGAUUCAAAGGGCAAUCGAAAAGAACCCGGCAAAGGAGCGCAUCAUCAAAAACGCGAUGGAAUGUUUGCUGGAGACGUUCUACGCCGGCACGUACGAUCACCUGGACACGCUCUACGAAGACAUGUUGGUCAGGCAACGGGCCAUGGAGCACCAAUAAUUUUUGAAUUUAUUUGAUUUUUCUUCACUUUAAUUUUCGCUUUUUUCUUUAGCACGGAACGGUUUCUCAUUGUUUUUUCUCUUUUUCUGAUCGUUAUACAAAAAAAAAUUUAUUCAUAUU